GGAAUUUGGGGAAGAGUGAAAUGGCCAAAUGCUAAACUCAGCAGGCCGCAGUUUACUCCACUCGCCUUAAAUCCACUCACCACCAUUUCCUUCUGUGUCUUCCAUUAAACCUCUCUCUCUCUCUCUCUCUCUCUCGCUACAUUUGGCUAUCCGCCUUCCAUGUAGCCCGACAGACGGCGGUUUGUCUCUGAGGUCUCUCCUUACACCUCACGUCGUCCAUCGUUUUGGGUCCUCCGCCAGUACCCGUGUAUAUUAGAGGACAGAAGAAGCAUAGGGGUUGAUGGGCGCUCGAUUCAAUCCCAAUCUCUCUUUUCUCUCUUUGAUUCUUCUGCAAUUUUCAGUUUUCCCAUCACUUGGUUCUUUCUGUUUCAUCGAUUCCCUGAUUCCAUCAAGAGUUUUCCGUCUUUCAUGUUCUUCUUCUUCUCUUGCUUAAUUUUUAAAGGAAAUUCGAGCACAUUCUUGGAAUCAAAAAGCUUGUGUUCCCGAGAAGCGUCUCUGCUUUGAAGUAUAUUUGCAGAGAGAGAGAGAGAGAGAGAGAGAGAGAGAGAGAGAGAGAGAGAGAGAGGGAAAGAGUUUCAGAAAGCGAGAGAUGUUUGAUCUUAAUGUUACUGCCGUUUUUUCAGCUGACUCAAUUUGUGAUGAAACCGAGACGAUGAUGAGGACGGCGAAGGUGAAGCUUCCCCAAGGUUCCGGAACCCAAAUGGAUGAUUCCGGAACAUCGAACUCCUCCGUCGUCAAUGUUGAAGAAGCUUCAAAUUCAACCACUGUCGAAGAAGCUUCGAAUUCUAACACCUCCUCUGCGUUCAGCUUCGAACUCUUAGAGAAGGCAGAGGACGAAGGCCGCGGGACAAGUGGCAGGAUUCCGGCACCGGAAGUCGUAACGAUAGAGCUUUUUCCGGUAAAGAAUGGGGACAAGGGCAGCGUCGUGUGGGAAUUUUCUGCAACGAAGCCGCAAUGGCUGAAUCUCUCCGUGCCACAAAAGCAGCAGCAGCAGCCGGUGAGAAAGAGCCGGCGAGGACCUAGGUCUCGGAGCUCCCAGUACAGAGGAGUCACGUUUUAUCGCCGGACUGGUCGGUGGGAAUCCCAUAUCUGGGAUUGUGGAAAGCAAGUGUAUUUGGGUGGAUUUGACACUGCUCAUGCCGCUGCUAGAGCGUAUGAUCGGGCUGCGAUUAAGUUCCGAGGAGUUGAUGCUGAUAUCAACUUCAAUGUAAGCGAUUAUGAUGAAGAAAUGAAACAGAUGAAGCACCUUAAUAAAGAAGAAUUUGUGCAUGUGCUUCGUCGCCAUAGCACUGGGUUUCCUCGGGGAAGCCCGCGAUACAAGGGUGUCACUCCACACAAAUGUGGGCAAUGGGAAGCUCGAAUGGGGCAACUCCUUGGGAAGAAGGCUUAUGACAAGGCUGCCAUUGGAUGCGAUGGAAGGGAAGCUGUGACCAACUUUAAGCCUAGUACCUAUGAGAGGGCGAUGACUUUGGAGGGCAGUGAAGGAGGCACUGACCACAAUCUUGACCUAAACCUUGGGAUUUCUACCCCUUCUUUGAAAGGAAAUGGCAUUCUGGGGGAUUAUCACUUUCAUUGCGUUGGCUGUGAAAUGCCCAACAGAGAGAGAACCGUGGUCGGGAGUUCUAGUCCUGCAACUGCUAGUGUACAAACAUUCCCUGGUCUGAAAAUGGCUGCCAACCUCCCUUCUGUAUGGUCUAGCCAACGCCCCAGUUUCUUAACCAACAACGAGGAAAGAGCUAACAAGAGGAAAGCUGAAGCUGUCUCUACCUUGCCAGGGUUCUCAAACUGGGCAUGGAAAAUGCAGGGCACUGGGGUGAUUACUCCCCAUGUGCCAUUGUUCCCUGCUGCAGCAUCAUCAGGAUUCUCUUCUUCAUCUGUCCGUACUUCAGCUACCCUCCCACUGCUAAAACCCUUUAACAGAACUGCCCGCCUCCACCACACAUCAACCACCAAUCCCACCUCUCAAGAUUGCACUUAUAUGUGAGUGCUGCAAGCCUGAAACCAUCACCUUCAGCAGUGCAACCACCUGCUCUUCCUUUUGUUUCUUGAGAAAAUUGAGCGAGAAAGAAAGGCAGAACAUUGAAAGUAGCCCCUGUUUUUAUUGCUUUUUUAUGUGUAUCCCUAUUAUAUGAAGCAGACAGAUAUAGCACCUUAAACAUUCUCUACUAAA